CCAUCAAGUCCAGCACUAUGCAUAAAUCAUCGCUGUCUGUGUAUUCAAUCAUAGACUUUUCAAGAGUUCCAAAUACUGUUUUCUGUAGUGGAGCCUUUUUGCAAAGCUCUACGGACAAAAGCUCUAUUACUCGCAGUUAUCCCAAACAGGCACUUAAUCUCCACCUUAUGUCUUUGUUCCCUAGGUUUCUGUUUAUAAACAUAAUGAUUUUAUAGGUAUUUUACUGCACAUCACCUGUUUGUUGAAGUGCCUCUUUAAGCAGUUUCCCCUGCCAUGUUCUUGAUGUGCACAGAAACACUGCUAUAUCAUUAUGUGUAUGCAGAUCUGCUUUUCCCUUCAUUGGUAUGUGCUUAGAUCAUGCUUUGAAGUAUUGAGUCUUGAUGUUUUUCUUUUUUCAAGCUAUGCAAGUUCUACUCUAUGAGAAUUGACGUACUCUGCCAGUAGAAAGAACAAUGCGGCUUGUGGGGUUACCAAGUGUUUACAAAGCAAACUUGCUGAAAUGUGCCAUACGACCAAGUGCGAACGUUACUCAGAUUAUUUCGUCGUUUUUUAUCAAUAUAGGUGAAUCUUCUAAAACAUCACAAUCUUUCAGAGAUUAUUCUUCUGCUACAGCAGUUAAUGAUGACUCUAAUAAGGACGCUGGAAAGAUGACAUUGGCAAUGAACCUAGCAUGUGUUGUUGAAGAAUCUUCUUGUGUUGAUGAGAGAAAACCCAAGAGUCGAAUGGAGCUUAAGCGGUAUUGUGAACUCCGCAUAAAGAAGAGGGUGAAGGAGCAAUACAUGGAUGGGAAAUUUCAAGACCUAAUGACAAAAGUGAUUGCCAAUCCAGACACUCUUCAGGAUGCUUAUAAUUGUAUAAGGCUAAAUUCAAAUGUAGAUAUAUCAAUUAAUAAUGAUAGAUUCGAUUUUUCAUCCAUGGCUGAAGAGCUUUGUAGUGGGAGUUUUGAUGUCAAGGUCAAUACCUUCUCUAUCUCUACGAAGGGUGCAAAUAAAGAAACCCUUGUCCUUCCCACUCUAAGGUUGAAGAUUGUCCAGGAAGCCAUCAGAAUUAUUCUUGAAGUUAUUUACAAGCCCUACUUUUCUAAGAUUUCUCAUGGCUGUCGAAGCGGGAGGGGACACUCAUCAGCACUGAAGUACAUCAGUAAAGAGAUCUCUAAUCCUGAUUGGUGGUUUACAGUACACAUAAAUAAAAAGCUGGAUGCUUGCGUCCUUGCUAAACUCAUAUCUAUAAUGGAGGGCAAGAUAGAAGAUCCCAGCUUGUAUGCUAUCAUUCAUAGCAUGUUUGAUGCCCAAAUACUCAAUUUGGAAUUUGGGGGUUUUCCAAAAGGCCAUGGAUUGCCGCAAGAGGGAGUGUUGUCUGCUAUACUAAUAAAUAUAUAUCUUGACCUUUUUGACCGUGAAUUUUACAGAUUGUCAAUGAAAUAUGAAGCUUUGGAUCCCUCUAUUCAUAGCAAUCGUGAUGGGUCCUAUUCCAUGCUGCGUAGUUGGUUUAGGCGACAGCUGAAAGACAAUGAUCUUAACUGCCACAGUGAAAAUAACAUUGGUAUAAGAGUUCAUUCUUGUCGCUUCAUGGACGAGAUAUUUUUUGCAAUCUCUGGUUCUGAAGAAGUUGCUCUUAGUUUUAAGUCUGAGAUUCUAAACUACUUGCGGAAUUCUUUGCACUUGGACAUUGACAAUCAAACAGAGUUAUUGCCAUGUGAGGGACCUCAGGAGAUACGAUUUCUGGGAUAUUUGGUUCGAAGAAGUAUAAAAGAAAGUCCCGCUGUAAAAGCGGUUCACAAGUUAAAAGAAAAGGUUGAGUUGUUUGCUCUACAAAAACAAGAGGCGUGGAAUGCUGGGACCAUAAGAAUUGGGAAGAAAUGGCUGGGCCAUGGUUUGAAGAAGGUUAAAGAGUCUGAAAUCAAGCAUUUGGCUGAUAGUAAUUCUGUUUUGAGCCAAAUUUCCCAUCUCCGUAAGGCUGGGAUGGAAACUGAUCAUUGGUACAAGCACCUACUAAAGAUAUGGAUGCAAGAUGUUAAAGCCAAAGCUGCAAAGAGUGAAGAAAUUAUCCUUUCCAAGUAUGUUGCAGAACCAUCACUUCCCCAAGAACUGAAGGACUCCUUUUAUGAAUUUCAGAGGUGUGCAGAAGAAUAUGUUUCUGCUGAGACAGCUUCUACUCUUGCUCUUAUGCCGAAUUAUAGCUCGUCAUGUGACUCUGAAACAACCACUGAAAUUAUUGCUCCUGUUAAUGCCAUAAAGAAGAGGCUUUUACGAUAUGGACUAGCCACAAAUGAUGGGUACCCCCGUACAACUACUCUGCUUAUCUUACAAGAUAACAUCCAAAUAAUUGACUGGUUUUCUGGUGUUGUCCGCCGCUGGCUUAGAUGGUGGAGUGAGUGUGAUAAUGUUAAUGAAGUAAAGCUCUUAAUUUCUGAUCAACUUAGGAAAUCUUGCAUUCGUACUUUAGCAGCCAAGUACCGGAUACAUGAAAAUGAGAUAGAAAAACGGUUUGAUUCAGAAUUGAGCAGGAUUCCAUCUACCCAAGAAAUAGAGCAGGAGAUGGCAUAUGAGAAAUCAAAUAACCAAGUUUUUGAUAAUGAUGAGGCUUUAAUGUAUGGGAUAUCUUAUAGUGGCUUGUGUUUACUUUCUCUAGCAAGAAUGGUGACCGAGUCACGGCCCUGCAAUUGUUUUGUUAUGGGGUGCCCUUCUCCAGCACCAAGUGUUUAUACUCUUCAUGUGAUGGAGAGGCAGAAGUUCCCAGGCUGGAAGACGGGGUUCUCAAGUUGUAUUCAUCCUAGCUUGAAUAGAAGGCGGAUUGGGCUGUGUAAGCAGCAUUUAAAAGACUUAUAUCUCGGUAAUAUAUCACUUCAGUCCAUCGAUUUUGGUGCCUGGAACUGAAAACUCAGUGAAUUCAGAGAAUUGUCCAGCUGCAGUAUAUAUGGACUGUUGACCAUUCAUUGAUGUAGAAACCAUAAAAGAGGAUUUGAGGUGCCAAGGACUCUGUUGGUGUGCCAGUUUCCAAUUAUUGGCAGGGAAGAUCAAAUGUUUGAUAUGCUACCCGAAGAAAAUGUGGAAAACAUCCAAAUCUAGGUCACCUUCUUAGUUUCAGAGCAGAUGGCACACAUUUUUGCUCCAUUAUCUAUUUGGGAAGGGCUAAAAAAGCACAAGCAAGAACAAGGCAAUCCUGCCAAGCCCGGUGUUGAUGACUUUGAGUUUUUCAAGUGUACGUGCAAACUUUUGGAUGGGUAUGACAGGGAGGGCAAUGCCAAGAGGAUAAGUUCCUAUUGUCAUGUUUUUUCUUUCCCAUGCAAAAUGAGAGAAACGAGCGUCCAAGUUUGAAGUGCAGCGGAAGAAUGUAUGAGCAGAAGCUACGACCAUGACCUUUGUAUGGUGAGGGAUAACUUUAUUGUCUAUCUUUAGCUCAACAAGGAACGGGGUGAACAAGACACCUCUACCGUUGUCUGGAGCACAAUCAUACGUAUAGGGAAUACUGUGUAGAAAAUAAUCUAACUUGUGAUAUUGUCUCUCUCCCUAUAGAGGAUAUCAGAAGCAAUUGUCUUUGAUUUAUCGGUAAUGCUUGGAUUGUAUAACUACUUGUUAGUACUGCUAUUUGUAAAUGCUUCUUGAGAAGGAUAAAACUGUUUUAUGAUAUUGAUCCGUAGAAGGAAA